AUUACUAAAGGAUAUAAAGAGAAGCCGAUGUCUCGUUUGAACUCUCCAGCUGAAUGGGUUGCUCCUUUGACACCUAUUGUCUCUUUGGCUUUACUUCCACUAGGGCCUAUCUUCUUUCCAAGGGCUUAUGUCAUCUUUUUAUUUCUUUACUUUACUGGCUUUCUUUAUCAGCAAGUCAAUCACGUCUGUAAAUUCUACUUAUCAUCUACAAGAAUUAGAGCCAAUAUCAAGAAAUGGAACUUGAUGAACAAGAAUAACACAAACGAUAAGAGUGAACGAGACAAGGCCAAGAUUGCAAGUUUACAAAGAAUGAAACAUGAUGAAGAAGAUCAACAACAACCAGUCGUCAUUCAAGACCCUAAAUUUAUUCAUACAUUUGUCAUCCCAAACUACAGUGAACCAGAGCCUUUAUUGAGAGAUACUAUUGGAAAAUUAGCCGUUCAUAGAAACGCAAACACCAAUUAUGUCAUCAUCCUUGCUAUGGAAGCCUCUGAAGAAGGUUGGGAAACAAAGGGUCAACGUCUGCAAGAAUUCUUUAAAGAUCGAUUUCAUGGCUUCUUUAUUACUGGCCAUCCUGUCAACGUACCAGGUGAAUAUCGAGGCAAGGGCUCUAAUGUGAACUAUGCUGUUCGUACGGGCUGUGCUGAGAUGUUGAAACAGGGCUAUGAUAGAAGCAGAAUCAUCUUGACCGUCAUGGACUCGGAUGCUGCCAUUCCCGAACUUUACAUUCAUGAAGUGGAACAAGCCUUAAACAAGUCUGAUGAUCCUUAUUACACCAUUUGUGCUCCUCCUAUCUUCUUUUCUCGUAACUCUCAUCAGGUUCCUGCCGCCGUACGCAUGACGGAUAUCACUUGGGCUGCCUUGGUAAUGUCUAACCUGAGUAACUCGGAUGGCUUAUGUGUUCCCUGCUCGAACUAUAGUUUAUCCUUUAUUCUGGCUGAACGUGUUGGUUAUUGGGAUGUGGAUGCGGAUGCUAUCGGCGAAGAUAUGCACAUGUGGCUUAAAUGCUUUUUCAAGACAGACGGUCAUGCUCGUACUGCUCCUAUUUAUGUACCCAUUAAUCUCACUAAUGUCCAAUGCGAUGGUUAUUUUGCCAAUCUCCAUGCCAGAUACGUUCAAGCUAAGCGCCAUUUCCAAGGUGUGGCUGAUCUUGGCUAUACCAUCCGCCAUACACUCGAUUCAUUCAAAAACCGCAAAAAUCAAAAAAUUUUAGACUGUCAUAUGGCCACCUCUGGUUUUUACGAUAAACUAGCCGCAUGCUCUGUCAUCCUCGAAGCUCACAUGAUUCCUGCUUCCUCUGGUUGGCUCAUGUUUGCAGCUGUGCCUCUGAUGCAAUUCAUACUGUUUCCUCCUUUUGCUUGGAUGGCCUUGGUCUCUCCUGCCAAUAACCCUUUAUUAACUUCUGACUUUUUCUACAAGCUUUGGACUCUUGUCAAACUCAUCACCGUCUUUUUACCACUUCCUUUAUUUGCCAACUUGGCCAUUUACGAACACCUUCACCGCUUCGUUGACCGUGAAUUCUAUCGUAAGUCAAAGGCAGAAUCUCGCACAUGGAAGAAUAUAUUUGAUUAUGUGUCUUUACCUCUUGCUGCAUGGCUCUUUUUAACUCUACCCUCUACUAUUGCUUGUGUUAAACGUCUUAUUUCAGGAGAUGACGCUUAUGUAGUUGGUGCAAAGAUAUUUAAAGAAGAUAAUACGCAAAAUGAAGUGCUACCUUUAUAGAAACAACCUUUUUAUUUUACUACUUACUAAUAAUCCUCUACACACUACUAUUAUUAUUACUACUACUUAAUACUAAUACUAAUUAUCAUUAAAGCUGCAUAUCAUCUGUAUUUUACUACUAUUACUACUGCUAUUAUUACUACAUUUAAUUUUUCUUUGAUCUCUCAAUAAAAUCUAUUCGAAAUAUGCAUAAACCUUAUGUAUAGUAACGUCAUUGUCACACAAUGCAAAGGACAUUACAUUGAAUAGUCAUCGUCCCUUGAUCCAUUAACAAGAAUAUAUCUCUUUGUUCGCUUACGUAGACUCUUUCCAUUUAAGCAUGAUAAUUAUAGACCUUUAUUCACUUCGGCAAAGGUUGAUUCUGUCGGUUUUUCUAAAUUGAUAAUUUCAUUAUACACUCAAAAUCGCUUCC